CACUUUUUUACAUUUAAAAUCCUUAUUUUCUAAACCCCGCUUUUAUAAACACCCCCUAAUUAUUUUACGGACAAUUAUACGGCUAUAUUGACACUAAUAAUAAUAUUACCUACUGUUAACUGACGUGCAGUGAUUUUAACGUUCCUGAUAAGGAUCUUUAUAUGUUAGCGGCUCUUGAUCGUUAAAUAAAGAUAGUGUCUGAGGUCUUUUUAACUAAUGUCGCAUGAAGGGGGGUGCGGCGUGCUUUUCUGUCUGACAAAAGAGAUUCGUCUAGUUUCCGAAGUUUGGCAACGCGGUCUUAAUCUGCAAAUAUGUCUGGGCAGGCCAGCGCGCUACAACAGUACCAUUCGUUUAUUCAGUUUGCAGAUCCACACAAGAUUGCCACAUUUAAUUAAUAAAAAUUCGUUCCACCGGAAGUCAUUUGGUAAUCCUCCUCCAACCAGCUUAUAUCCCUUGACUGUUUUGGGAGCUUUUUUCGCGGUUUCAAAGUUCGAUUUAAAAACACUUAAUCGCGGCAUAAACUGAAGCGCAGCUUGAACGGUAAUUAGCGUAAAUCUGGUAUAAUUUGGCAACCAUGGCCGAAGAACUCUUGGUGUUGGAUGCACCCCUUCGUGAUCGAGGUCGCUGACUGCCGUUGAUGAAUCCGUGCCACUGACACCUAAUCCCAUUACCUCGUUGCCACAUCUUCGAAUUAUUUUUGACUUUGAGAAUCAAAAAAAGCUCUUCGUCUACUGCUCUCGUCUCGACGCGGUUCUUAAAACGGUUAUUUUUAACAGAUUCGCGAUUUUUUCUUUGUUAUUUCGUACUUUCCGCUACCCAUACGGUACAAAUUAAAUAUCCUCAGUCAUGUCAGAGGUAUACUAGUACAUUAUAUAGUGUAGCCAAAUGAAAACGUCGUCACAAUCGGUUUUAGCGAGCUGCGAAGGAAAUGCGAGUCAAAUUGGGGGCUGAUUCGGCCCUGGACGCGCGACUUUGAUGCGCAGCGCAUGCGCCAGCCGCGAUCUCGUCUCGCGGCGCAUACUAGAGCCUGGCGGGAACUCCGAUGAGGGUCAAACUGCUGCGCAGCCCACUCCUCCAGCAUCCGCACAGGACAGGACCGACAUGAUGGUGUACCCUGAUGCGCAGUGGGCUUGUUCGACGACUGCGCCCAUGCUACAGUUGUACGACGAUGUCGGUUACAGAGUAAAUGUUGUGGAGGCUCUGCAGGAAUUUUGGCAAAUGAAACAGGCCAGGGGCGCUGACCUUCGCAAUGGGGCCUUAGUCAUUUACGAAUCGGUCCCAUCGAAUGCCCAGCCUUACGUGUGUUAUGUCACGCUUCCAGGAGGAUCAUGUUUUGGUAGUUUUCAGAACUGCCCUACCAAAGCUGAGGCCAGGCGCAGCGCUGCUAAAAUAGCUUUAAUGAAUUCCGUGUUUAAUGAACACCCUUCCCGCCGUAUUUCUGAUGAUUUUAUCGAAAAGGCAGUGACGGAGGCGCGAAGCAACUUCAAAGGCGACCCAGAAGAGGCAGACAAUCCAAAUACAGGAAUAGGGGCAUUUAGAUUUAUGUUAGAGUCAAACAAAGGGCGGACGAUGCUAGAAUUUCAAGAAUUAAUGACUGUUUUCCAGCUUCUGCAUUGGAACGGCAGCUUGAAGGCAAUGCGAGAGCGCCAGUGCAGUAGGCAGGAAGUAGUUGCUCAUUAUUCUAAUAGGGCCUUGGAUGACGAUAUGCGGUCGCAGAUGGCUUUAGACUGGAUAGCCCGGGAACAGGAGAGUCCUGGAUCUCUACGUAAAGAACUAAAUCAAGCUGAAAGGGAGUUAGAGUCAGCACGACUUGCAGGCAGAGAGCUAAGGUUUCCUAAAGAGAAAAAGGAUAUUUUGAUCCUUGCGCAUAGUCAGAUCAACGGAAAGGGAGGAUAGGCGCUCUGAAAUGACUACGCUACUUUUGUGAUUUUUACGAUUUAAAAUGGUCUGAUUUUUUGUAUAUUUAUCCAACUUUAUCGUUAUUAUUGUGAGACUGUUGUUAUAAUUAACUCAAAGUAAAUUAUUUAAUAUUAACAUGUUGAACAUAGGUUGUACAGUAAUGCUGUCAAAUUAUUAGAAAUUAUUGUUUACAGAUCUCUUUUAAUUGCUUUAGAAGUAUCGUUAAUGUUAUAUUUUAAUAUUAAAACCUUUAGUUUAUAUCGAAGUGUGGUUGUUUUUUCCAUGUGUCAUUAUUUCUUUUAUCAAGUGUUAAGCGUUGCAUAUUUUUUUAUCCAAUUUCUAUACGAUUGAACUAAAGGUUCUUAUUUAUUUAAUUGUGGUAUAAAGCUGUUGCCUAAUUGACUUGCUGUAACUUGAUAAUAUUGACUGAGUAAAAUGUUACUGCUAAUAAACAUUGCUAAAUAUUUUUUAUUACAUUUUUAUCUUAAAAUAAACACUUUUCUUAGAAA